AUGUCUACCAUCGCCAGAGCCGCGCGCCCCUUCGCCUCCAGGGUGCUCUCCCAGACCCUCCCCCGUUCCACUUGCGUUCCCCGAUUCACGCCUGUCCGUUUCCCGCGGGGAAGUGUCAGGAGCUUUUCGCAGAGCCCUUUCUGGCAAGUGAAGAAGUACACCGAGUCUCACGAAUGGGUCGAGCUUGACGACAAGGGCAUUGCUACCAUUGGUAUCAGCGAGUACGCUGCCAAGUCUCUCGGUGACGUUGUGUACGUCGAGCUCCCCACUCCCGAUCUCGAAGUCGCUGCCAACGAGCCCGUCGGAGCUGUCGAGUCGGUCAAGUCCGCGUCGGACGUCCUCUCGCCCGUCUCUGGACGAGUCGUAGAAGCCAACUCCGUCCUGGAUGAUUCGGCCAAGAUCAUCAAUGCCAGUCCAGAGGGCGAUGGCUGGAUCGCCAAGGUUGAGGUCUCUGACCCUUCAGAGAUCGACUCCCUGCUGGAUGCGAAGGCUUACAAGGACCUCGUUGGAGAGGCUGAGGAUCACUAA